UCAACAUUGUUGUGAAAAAUCAAUCUUUUUUUCUAAGAGGUAAUCACUAGUGUUAUAUAGCUCAUCAUGAGGUCAUUGACUAUUGCCGUGCGGCUCUUGUUCUUUUGUUUAACCUAACCACCUUCACUCAAGGGAAACAACCAAAAUAUUGUCCCCGAACAGAAACAUAUCCACAGCCUUGCGACGAAAAUGGCUCGUCGCAAUGUCUUCUUGAUUUUCUCAAUUACUUUGGUGCGGGUUCCAUGCCUAAAGGGUGCUCGUGCAAACCUGCAGGAGCGACUGACCAUUCUUGCACCUGUCAAAUUGUUUGCACAUAAGAAAUUAUAGCAACAAAAAAUGCCCAAUGUUGUUUUUAUGUAAUAAUGGCUAACAUAUAGGGACAAAGCCAAGAUGGAGUUCAACAUGAAUAAAUCCUAAUAUAUUAU